GCGGGGCCACUCGGAGCCGGGCGGCGGCGACAGCGGCGGCGACAGCGGCGGCCACAGGUAUUUCCCCGCUGUGUCUCUGCGCCUGGACUCUCCCUGCACCUCCAAACCUUCCCCAAGGGUUGCAUGGUGGCAAGGUGAGACCCCUCAGAGCCCUGCCCAGCCCUGCUGCUGUUCCCCAUCCCCUUCCCCUCCUGGGAGCCUCUGGGAGGGAUCUGCAGCAUGAAGUUUCCAUUUGGAGCUGGCAGAUUCCCGGUCCAAGGAGACCAUGACCACUGAUGAGGCCACCAAGAGUGAAGGGGAGGUGCAGGCAGCAGCUCUGGCUGAGCGUGGGGAGGACAUCACCCCAUCCAAGGACCGAGGGGUUCUGAAGAUCAUUAAGAGACCUGGGAGUGAGGAUGAGUGUCCCAUGAUUGGGGACAAGGUCUAUGUGCACUACAAAGGGAAAUUGGCCAACGGGAAGAAGUUCGACUCCAGCCGCGAUCGGAACGAGCCCUUCAUCUUCAGCCUGGGCAAGGGUCAGGUCAUCAAGGCAUGGGACAUUGGGGUGGCCACCAUGAAGAAGGGAGAGAUCUGCUACCUGCUCUGCAAACCUGAGUACGCCUACGGCUCUGCUGGCAGUGCCCCCAAAAUCCCCUCCAAUGCCACCCUCUUCUUUGAGGUCGAGCUGCUUGACUUCAAGGGCGAGGACUUGUUUGAGGAUGGAGGGAUCAUCCGGAGGAUCAAGAGGAAGGGGGAAGGUUACUCCAACCCCAAUGAAGGAGCUACAGUGGAGAUUCACCUGGAGGGGUUCUGUGGUGGCCACAGGUUCGACUGCAAGGACGUGAAGUUCGUGGUGGGCGAAGGGGAGGACCACGACAUCCCCAUCGGCAUUGACAAGGCCCUGGAGAAGAUGCAGAGGGGAGAGCACUGCAUCCUCUACCUCAGCCCACGGUACGGCUUUGGCGAGGCUGGGAAGCCAAAAUUCGGCAUCCAGGGCAACGCAGAGCUGGUGUACGAGGUGACCCUGAAGAGCUUUGAGAAGGCCAAGGAGUCGUGGGAGAUGGACACCAAGGAGAAGCUGGAGCAGGCGGCCGUGGUCAAGGAGAAGGGCACCAUGUACUUCAAGGAAGGCAAGUACCUGCAGGCGGUGAUUCAGUAUGGGAAGAUUGUGUCCUGGCUGGAGAUGGAGUAUGGCUUGUCUGAGAAGGAGUCCAAAGCCUCGGACUCCUUCCUGCUGGCUGCCUUCCUCAACCUGGCCAUGUGCUACCUGAAGCUGCGCGAGUACGCCAAGGCUGUCGAGUGCUGUGACAAGGCUCUGGGGUUGGACCAGGACAAUGAGAAAGGCUUGUACAGGAGGGGUGAAGCCAGGUUAUUGAUGAACGAGUUCGAGCUGGCCAAAUGUGACUUUCAAAAAGUGCUGGAAGUGAACCCACAGAACAAAGCAGCGAAAUCCCAGAUCUCCGUGUGCCAGAAGAAAACCAAGGAGCACAACGAGAGGGACCGCAGGAUCUACGCCAACAUGUUCACAAAGUUUGCAGAGAGGGAUGCAAAGCCAGCAAAACUGGAGCGGGAAAAGCAGCAGAGAAGGCGGCGUGCGGAAAAGGACCCAAAGCUGCUGGUGCCGAAGGUGAAGAGGCUGAAGGACAUGUAUGAUGGAGGAGGAGGGGAUGGCAUAGCCUCCUGCCCGCACUGAGAAAGGUUGCUGCCAAACCUUGGGACUCGCCAGUGUCUCCUUGUAAAGCUUGUUACAGUUUGUGUGAUCGUGGAAGCCAAAAGCGCCUCGCCAAGAAAAGCGACCCCGUCCCACCGGCCCGGGUGCUCUGGGGGCAGAGCAGGAGUGGCAGGACACCGUGGGACCACUGCACGUGGAACAAAAACCCUUUGGGCAGCAGGGAAAAGAAAAGAAACCAUGAUGAUGAUGAUAAAUUAAAACGCUUGGCUCCUGGGAGGUUUCCGCAGA